AUGCCCUUUUUAUCACAGGGGAAGCUAUUCAGUAGGCAUUCGAACGUUGAUGAGAAGGAUAGGUUCUCGACGAUCAGCGAUACUGAAGCAGCAGAGCAUUUUAUUACAGAACUGGAUAAGGGCUCGAAGAGGCUUGGAUUGAUAUCAUGUAUCGGUUUAAUUUGUAACCGGAUGUUGGGUACAGGUAUAUUUGUGGUCACAUCGAAGAUUCUUGAAUUAUCUGGGUCGGUAGGACUGUCGCUUAUAUUGUGGGUGAUUGGUUCAUUGAUUGCUCUUGCUGGGUUGUACGUUUACAUGGAGUUUGGCACUGCCAUACCCAGGAACGGUGGUGAGAAGAAUUACUUGGAGUUUAUUUUUAAGAAGCCAAAGUUCUUUGUCACUUCCAUGUAUGCUGCUUACGUCUUCUUUUUAGGUUGGGCUGCGGGGAAUUCCGUGAUGGCAGCACAGAUGUUUUUAACAGCAGGCGAUGUCACUGUUACCAAAUGGAACCAACGUGGGCUUGCUGUUGCUGUUUUGACGUUUUGUCUUUUGAUUAACUCGAUAAGUGUGAAAGCGGGGUUGUACUUUCAGAAUGCAUUAGGUAUCUUCAAGAUUUUCAUUAUUGUGUUUAUUUCGAUUACUGGUUGGGUUGCGUUGGCUGGUGGUUUGAAUGCUCCAAAAACCGAUAACUUUCAUGAUGCAUUCUCAGGUACUGAGAGUGCAACUGCAUAUGGUGUGGUGAACGCCUUGUAUAAUGUCAUUUGGUCAUUCGUUGGUUACUCUAAUGUCAACUAUGCUUUGGGAGAGGUAAGGAAUCCUGUGAAGACGUUGAAGGUUGCUGGUCCAAUUUCCUUGAUAGUUCUCGCAGUCCUUUAUAUGUUUGUUAACAUUGCAUAUUUUGCCGUGGUGCCCAGAGAAACCAUAAUUGGUUCUGAGUUAACCUUAGCAGCUGAAUUCUUUAGAAUUGCCUUUGGUGAGAGAGCCAAGAAGGCUGCUGCUAUUUUUAUUGCCCUCAGUGCGCUAGGUAAUGUCAGCUCUGUUAUCUUCUCACAAGGUAGAAUUAUCCAACAACUAGGCAGGGAGGGUGUAUUACCUUUCUCUGGAUUCUUCGCAACAUCGAAGCCAUUGGAAUCACCAAUGGUUGGCUUGUUCCAACAUUUUAUUGUCUGUACUAUCACCAUUCUCGGGCCUCCACCUGGUGAUGCGUAUAACUUUGUUAUGAAUUUAAUCUCUUAUCCAAUGAACAUUGUGAAUUUCACCAUUAGUAGUGGCUUGUUGUGGCUCUACUGGCAACAUAGGAAGGGUCAAGUUAAAUGGAAUCCGCCAAUUAAAGCUGGUGUUUUCGCCGUUACCUUCUUUAUGUUGGCCAAUUUAUAUCUAAUUGUUGUACCUUAUAUUCCUCCAUCUGGUGGGAAAACGGUAUACAAGUCUUUGCCAUAUUGGAUCCAUUGUGUUGUUACUUGGAUUGUGUUUGGAUUUGGAGGGCUAUACUGGCUGGUAUGGGCAAAACUCUUACCCAAGUGGGGUAACUAUAAAUUGGUUUACUCUGAAGUACUUGGUGAAGACGGAUUUUGGAGGAAUAAUAUUGUUAGAAGAUACAACAAUGAAGUCGAAGAUAAUGACAAUGAGGUGUCUAACGUUUCAAGUUUCAAGGUUAAUGAUUCAAAUGACAUCAAAGUUAGGACAAUUAGCUCUGAAGGUGGAAGCUGA